AUGCGCCCCAAUGCCGCCGAGGGAUUCAGGAGUUCCGGCGCUUGCAGCUCCUGCAGGAGGGUCCGAGGCCGUGCGGCUUCCUCUUUGAUCGACAAUAGCGACGGCGAUGGAGCAUCCAAGAAAUCCGAGGUUCGUAUCCAAAUUCCCGGUAGAAGCUCGCGCCUGGGCGGAUUCAGCCGCAAUGGGGCAAUCUAUUCUUCCCAGAAAAAGCAGCAGCAGGAGCAGCAGCAGCGCGGAUUCUUGGAACUGGAGGUCGUGGUGAAGAAAUGGGAUGGGAAAUCUAGCUGCAGGGAGACCGUGGGAGCCGUGAUUAAGCACUUGAGGGAUGGAGGAGAGGCGCUUACCUUCUUCAGGUGGCUCCAGGCCAGGAACUUCAAGCACGACGUCUUCACUUACAAUUGCCUGCUGGAUAAGCUCAUCCGGCACCGCGAUUUGAAGCAAGCCGGCCAGGUUUUCGAGAAGAUGGUCGCGCAGGGCGUGGCUCCGAAUGGAUUCACGUACGCUGUUCUCGUGCAAUCGUCGUGCUACGAGAGGAACUCCGACGAAGCCGUGAGGUUUUUCGGUGAGAUGGUGGACAAGGGGUUCAAGCCGAGCUCCACGCUCUACCAGAAGGUGACCGAGUGUCUCAAAGCCACGGGGAAAGAGGGAGAAUUUUCCAGAGUUUUUGGAAGAGAUUUGGAGAAGCGAGUUGCGGUGGAGAUGAUGCUCAAGAAGGCAUUGCUCGUCAACUUUGUGAUCCAGGACAAAGCUAUCGAGGCUUCAAAGCUGUUUAGAGACAUGGUGAAGAGCGGGUGUAAGCCCGACGCGACGAUCUAUAGCUACAUGGUGCUGGUUCACUGCAAGCUGGAGAAUCUCGACGAGGCCUUCAAGCUCUUUCUCGAGAUGGCGGUGGAGUCGAAAGCUCCUCUCAACAACGUUGCCUGGACUGCUUUCCUCGGCGGCCUUUGCAAGUCGGGAAAGAUCGAGCAAGCUUUCGAGGCAUGUCGGACGAUGCAAGAGAGCUUGAGCUCAUCGCAGCCCGUCUACGACAUGCUCAUCCGGCUGCUGAUCGAGAGCGGCCGUAUCGACAAGGCCGAAGAGGCUUGCCUAGAGAUAGCUGGAAGGAACAUCCAGCCGAGCUCGGGGACAUGUCACAGCGUGAUCCAGGAGCUCUGCAAAGCCGGGAGAGUGGACAGCGCUCUGAGCCUCUUGGAAACGAUGAUCAAGCGUGGCUACUGCCCGGACAUGGCGACUCACUCGAUGCUCAUCAACGAGCUUUGCAAGGCGGACAAGAUCCAAGAGGCACAGGAGUUCUUGCAAGGCAUGAACAGGACGAUCAGCACCCGUGCUAGCAGCUGCUUCUCCUACAACUCGCUCCUCAACAGCCUCUGCAAAGCCAAGAAAGUCCACCAGGCUUUCGCCAUCUUCAGCACAAUGGUGAGCGAGAGGAGCGUCGUCCCGGACGUGGUGAGCUACAGCAUCCUCAUCGAUGGCUUCUGCAAGAUCGACGAGCUCGGCCGCGCCGAGAAGCUCUACAAGCAGAUGAUCGACCUCAACUGCGUUCCAAACGUGACGACUUACAACGCCUUCCUCAAUGGUCUGAUGAGGAAGGGCCGCAUCGCUGACGCUCAGGGGGUCUACGAGGAGAUGAUAUCGGCUGGCUGCUCGCCGGACGUGAUCACGUACAGCACUCUCAUCCACGGCUUCAGCCUGGCCAGGAAACACGACCAAGCCCACGAGCUGUUCGAGGCGAUGAUCAGCCGGGGUUGCCGUCCCAACGCCGUGACUUACAACUGCCUUCUCCACGGCCUGUGCAAGGAGUCCAAGCCCGACGAAGCUCACGAGCUCUUCCGGAAGAUGGUGGAGCGGGGCUGCGAUCCAGACAAGGUGACUUACACGACGCUGCUCUACGGCUUCUGCAACGUUGGGAAGAUCGAGCAAGCGGUGGAGGUGUUUGACGAGAUGGUGAGCAAGGGCCACGAUCCGGACGUGGUGGCUUACAACUGCCUGCUCAAGGGGUUCUUCCGAGCAGGGAAGCCGGGCGAGGCCAGGCAGCUGUUCCAGGUGAUGGUCUCGCGGGAAUGCAAGCCAGACACGGUGUCUCACAACAUCAUGAUCGAUGGCUUGUCCAAAGCCAAGCGCCUGGACGACGCGGUGGAGGUUUUCGAGAGGAUGGAGCAGGAUCACGGGUGUUCUCCGGAUCUGGUGACUUACAACAGUCUCAUCUUUGGGCUCUGCGGCGAGCAGCGAUUGAGCGAAGCCAUGAAAGUCUUCAAGGAGAUUGACAGGCUCAAGUUGUCCCCGGAUCCUCACGCUUUCAACGUUUUGCUGGAAGCCAUGUACGCAGCUGGCCAUAAGCCAUUUUCUUCUUCUUCGCCCUCUCCCACGGAACACCAUGUAACAUUUGUAGAAAAUGAGGAAUAGUAUACCAAUUCGAGAUCAGAUUCAAAGAUCCUCCCGCUUUCAACGUAUUGAUGGAAGCCAUGCACGCAGCUGGCCAUGAACCAGUUUCCUCUUCGUCUUUUUCAUCUUCUUCGGUGGAAGAAAAAUGUGGAAUAAUAUACGAAUUCGA